UCCAACAGAUUUGGUUCAAGUACUAAAGUGGUGCAUUUUCUGGGAAGCACAAAGCCAUGGAACUAUACGUAUGACUCCAGAACAAAAAGUGUAGAAGGCAAUAUCAAUGACCCUAAAAUUGUUCACCCAGAAUUCCUCAACAUGUGGUGGGAUACCUAUACAGUUAAUAUUUUACCCUUACUAGAACAGAAAGAAGUUGAUGAAGAAAAUACCACAAGUGCAAACAUGGCAGAGGUUACAGAGGCAGUGUCCCAUAUGUCGGUAUCGGCACCACCACCACCAGUAUUACCAACCAUAUCUUCAGAAGAACGCAAGGCUCGGUGGGAACAAGGCCAAGCUGACUAUAUGGGAGUGGAUUCUUUUGAUAACAUCAAGAAGAAACUGGACUCCUACCUUCAGUAGAAGUGCCAUUUUCAAACACUGGCACUACAAGGACUUGUUCCAGAACUAACAGCUAGGAAAGGUUGUAGAUGAUGGACAAUUACGCUUGCGAGUAGCUUGAUGGAAAAAAUUCUUGGCUGAAGGCCUCUGCAGUGCCACGGAUAAAGCAAGAGCUAGGAAGCAGAAUUCCUUGGGCCAAUUGUAACUGCCUAGUAACUAAAAAAAGGGUUUUCAACUACAUUUUCCUUAUGUUGUGAUCAGCUGGCUCAAUGUAUUCAUUGAAACUGGGUUUGCACCUUAGCUCAUUAAGGUGAUUAGCAAUGACUCCUUUGCUUGCUAUUUUAGGUCUAAAAUGUGAUUUGUGGGAUUGCUCAUACACAAAAUGAUUGCCAUUCUGCUUUACCGUUAGUGAGAGAUAACAGUAAUAGCACUGCUUUGAUCUUCUAGUCACAAUUGCACUGAUGUUUUGACCAGGUUUUUACACAUAGUGCCUACAGCAUGGCAGAAUGCAUUUGUUCAGUUCUGUAUUCUUCAGGCUUAGUAAACUGAGUUUUUCUGUUACUUGAAAUCUUCAUGCAAAAAUAAAAACUUGUCAUGCUUU